ACUUUAUGCGGCGGAAGUUGCUUGCUCAUCAGACACUUUCAAAGAUGGCUCUCGCUAGUGUGUUGAACAGUGAUUGUGCGGAUUUUUCAUUUGAUAUUUGUCAGUCUAAUACGUAUGCACAUGGAGCCGGACAGAUCGGCUCGGGGUUUGACGCUACACCGGGAGACGGCCUGAGUUUUUCCGUCAGAAACCCGCUGUGUGCCGCGGACGAUGACGGCGUCGAGAGGAAAAUCGAGUUCCUGCACGGGACCACCACUUUAGCUUUUAAAUUCCAGCAUGGCGUUAUUGUAGCAGUGGACUCCCGGGCCACAGCGGGCUCCUACAUCGCCUCGCAGACGGUAAAGAAGGUGAUUGAAAUCAACCCGUACCUGCUGGGUACCAUGGCUGGAGGAGCUGCAGACUGUAGCUUCUGGGAGCGCCUGCUGGCCCGCCAGUGCCGCAUCUACGAGCUUCGCAACAAGGAGCGCAUCUCCGUGGCUGCAGCCUCCAAGCUGCUCGCAAACAUGGUGUACCAGUACAAGGGCAUGGGACUCAGCAUGGGAACCAUGGUGUGUGGCUGGGACAAGAGAGGGCCAGGGCUGUAUUAUGUCGACUCAGAGGGCAACCGGGUGUGUGGCGACCUGUUCGCUGUGGGCUCAGGCUCCAUGUAUGCCUACGGCGUGAUGGACAGUGGCCUGCGUCACGACCUUUCUGUGGAGGAGGCUUGCGAGCUAGGCCGCCGUGCCAUCUACCAGGCUACAUACCGUGAUGCCUACAGCGGCGGGCAAGUCAACCUGUACCACGUCCACAGCGAGGGCUGGACCAGGGUCUCCCAGGAAGACGUGCUCAUGCUGCACCACCAGUACAAGGAACAGGCGCAGUCAUAAAAACCAAGAGCACAGGGGUGAGGGGAGGGGCAGAGGAAGUGAGGGGAGAAUAGAGUUUGUUCUAGUAUCUAUUGUUUAACAUGAUCUGAAAUGUCAGUAGGGAUGACACAUAAAUAAAAAGGACUCAUCUGCUGAUUGAUUUCCAUUACUUCUGUUACCCAUUUUGACCUGUUGCUAGCUUACAGCUUUAUAUUGUACAUUUUUAACAAUGCUGCACAGAGUAUGAUUUGAGGGGCUGCAAAGAGGAGGGGGGCAGAUGACUCAAACAUGCUUUAAUUCAGUGUGGGAGUAGUGUGGCUUUGACCUACAUACAUUUCAUUUGGAUCAUACCUUGGGAAACUACAUCUUCCUCAAUAAAACUUGAUGUUCUUUUUUUU